AUGUCCUGGACAGUGUGGCUGCCGUCAUGCAUCCUCCUCCUCUCACUUUUGGGCACCAACUUCGUUGAUUCCAAGAAGCCGACGGACAGCUACGCUAGCGCCGGCAAGUUCAAGAGAACGAAGAAAGUUAUGGGCUAUUAUCCCGUAUAUAACUUCAACAUUCAAUCGCCCAAGCAAGUCGAUUAUUCCCUGUAUACGGACGUGAUCUUUUUUGUGGCUGUGCCCGAAGCUAACCAUACCUUCAGUUACGGUGAUCACCUCACCCCGAAACACGCAGAGCAGCUGGCAGUCGAGUUUGUUGGUCUAGCGAAAAAACACAAUGUAAACCCACUUCUUUCUUAUGGGGGCUGGGACGGCUCGAGAUACUUCUCAGAGCUGUCUUCGACGCCCGCUCGCAGGACAGCAUUUGCUCAGAACUUGGUUCAAUAUGCCAAAAAGCUCGGCUUUGCUGGAUUGGACAUGGACUGGGAAUUCCCCAAUGGUGAUGGAAUCGGUUGUAAUACCCACUCGCCCCAAGACACUAUCAACUUCGGCCUGCUUCUCAAGGAAAUCAGACGUCUAUGGCCCCAAGCGCAACUUACUGCUGCAAUUGGUCUCUCUGGGCUCUCGGGUCCCGACGGCAACCCUGCUAGCGCGUCGGAAACUGCUGAGAUUGCUCGAAACCUAGAUUUCGUUAAUCUUAUGGCUUACGAUGUCUUCGGCGGCUCGUGGGCCAACACCACCGGUCCGUUGGCUCCAAUCCAUGGGACUUGCGCGCCCGACGGAAUGACACAGUCCAUUGAAACCGGUCUUGAGGUGAUGAUGAAGCAAGGCUUCGAAGCCCGACAGAUCGUGUUAGGACUCCCCGCCUAUGCUAAGCGUCUGCAGCUACUUUCCCCCAAGCUCCAGUUAACGACUGUCAAUGGCCACAAAAGCUUGAUCUAUCAAAAACACACUGCAGCCACUCCUCCCGGUGGAAUCGCCGACGAUAAGCCAGGAAAGGAUGUCUGUGGAAAGCAGCAGGACUGGGGAGGCUCUUUCCUCACCAUCGAACUGAUCUCGAAUGGCUGGUUGUCCAAAGAUCAGAAAACUGGUAUCAAUGGGUACAAGCGUUACUUUGAUGAAUGCAGUGGAACUCCUUUCCUCACAAACGGGAAGUAUCACAUCACCUAUGAGGAUCAGAUGACUUCGGUCACCAAAGCGAAAUGGGCCAAAAAGCACAAACUAGCUGGUGUCUUCUUCUUUGAUACUACUGGUCCAAUGAAAUCUAUAGUCUCUGCUGCCGCCCAAGCGCUCUGA